AUGAAUCCAGCCUUUCGUCGUCAGCUUCUUGCCAUUGCACUCUGCAGACAACGAGCCAGCAACAGUCUGUCUAAGCCCGAUGGGAUGAAGGAACAACCCCGCACCGCACUGGCGACACGCAUCCAGCAAACAGCAGACGAGAGGAAAGCCACUCAACUCAUGCUUGUGGACAUGGCUUUCAUUGGCAUCGUGAAGGUGUCAUCGCACGUGAUGUACGCUAGUCCUGACAUCUGGCUGUCCCUGCAGCGAUAG